CGAAAUUUGGAGGCUCUGCUAGUUUUUUUCCAUCAUCGCCGUUCCGAACUCCGUGGCCAGACGACGGCGUUCACUUCACCCUGCGCAUCUCCGCGGCGUCUAUUGGAAGCUGCCGAACCUAGAAUGCUGUGAAUGCAGUAACGAUGACAAACCUCUGCAGCUCCCAGACACCCUCCAAAUGUCUUCCUCAGCUUCCACAAAUCACCCCACUUGUGCAGACGAGCUGCGUGCUUCCCUCGUCGGAGGAUGGAAGCUGGAGAGCUACGUCUAUGUGGCCUUGCCACCCUCGACCACUGGGCCGUUCCAUCCUAUGACGAAGAAGGUGCAAGGAAUUCUGUUGUACACCCCCGAUGGCUACAUGUCCGCCCAGAUGCAGAUACCUGGACAACCCAAGUUCGAGGUUGGCAAGGCUAGUGAGGCUCAGUGGGCAGAGUGCGCCAGACGCUACUUUGGCUACUCAGGACCGUAUCACAUCCGCGAAGAGAACGGCACCGUCACGUUACGGCAUGAAUUCCGCAUCUCGUAUAGACCCGACCUUUCUGGCGACGUCCAAAUACGAAGUUGGCGGUUUGAAGAAGGCGGCAAUGUGCUCAUCCUUGGUAGUGAGGAGCCAACCAUGGUCAGGGGAGAAUUGAGGACUCCGCAGUUGCGCUGGAGGAAGCUGGAGAACAACGCUAAGCAAGAUGAAAGUCGCGCUAGUGCAUGAACCCUAACCCAGCCCUUCAUUCUCGUCCUUACUGAGGGAAUCUUCUGUGGUUCAGAAGUGUAAUCUUGAAUCUUGAAGCAUCGAUCUGUGCAGAAAGUUUUGAGGUGGCGCAUUAUCUUCAGCCAUGAAAGAAUGCGCUUGCAUGUUGAGUUUCUGUGGUUGAAGUGGCAAGCAGCGGGCUUCGGCGUUCUCGGAGCCGAUUUAAGGAAUAAUGCUCGCCGAUGAUACCUGGCCCAUUUUGCAAUUUCUGCUCAUGUCCGAAGAAUUAAUCCCCGGUAGCACCACGAUUUACCGCAUAUUGUUAACAAUACAAAUCUUGCUCUUUGUCUGCAGCUGAGGAUCGCAUCACGUUAGACUGUUGAACUUGGAAGCGGAGCCUCUCGUUCGCGCGAUGUCCAGAGCAUCUUUAAACUUGGUCCAACAAUUGGUCGUUCCCACAGCACCGCUGGGCGCGUUAUUAUACUUGUGCUAGAGUAUCGCUUCAUUAUUUGCUCAUCGAAACCUAUCAUUGGACCAGCUGCAUGCCUCGAAGCGCUCUGUAUUAUCGACUGAACAGCAUCGAACGUGUGUGUGUGUGGAUUGAUUUCUGCGACACAUUUUUCAAGUCUACGAGCGUGACUGGCUAUCUUCAAUAUGUGCUGUGCCGAACGGCUACCAAGGUCAGAGUGAACUAGGUCAAUGAUGCUGGCGACGACAUGUCCGAGCGGCAUUGCAGAAACUGCUCCUUCGGGUAGUACUGGAAAGCAAGUUCGGAAUGAGUGACUGCCAAAAAUGAAUCCCUAUGGUUGAGGUAAGACCUUGCAAGAAAACCGAUUAGCAGUAGACGUACAGAUUUCAGUCGAAAUGAAUAUAAAUGAGAUGCGAUACACGCAUUCUUUUAACGAAAACCAAGAGAGACAUGAGCAAUUGUCGCAUGCUGUGGAAAGAACUGGGAGAUACAUU